AUGCACGACGGGUACUGGCACAAAGGCGGCGCCGGCGGCCUGAUCGCCCGCACCAUCCUCCGUGCCUUGCAAUUCCUUCUCGCACUCAUCAUCGCCAUUCUUUACGGCAUCGAUACGCGAGACGAUUCAUCGACUCGCACCUCGCAGUGGAUCUUUGCCAUCGUGGCCGCAGUGCUCUCCAUGAUGACGGUGCUCCUGCAUCUCUUCAUCACGGUGACGCGCUACGGCUGGUGCGUCUGGGACUGGGUCAUUGCUGUUUUCUGGGCGGCCAUCACUGGUGUUUUCGGAACGCUCUAUCUUGAAGGGCAAUACAAAGAACAGGACGGGCUCCCGCCGGCGUCAGGCAGGAUGAAGGUGGCCGUCUGGCUCAAUCUCAUCAACAUGCUUCUGUGGAUCGCCACGGGGCUGUUGAGCACGAUCUGGUGCUGCGGGACACGCAAGAUGAGGAGAAGGAUAGAACAGGAUCAUGCGAAGCUGGAGCAGGGACAAGAGGGUGCUACUGAGGUGGAGCUGGGACGAAGGAGCACUGGCGGGCCUCCCAGUUAUCGGUCCGGGUGA